AUGCUUGCUCUCUUUGGUAUCCUCGCCUUGCUCGGUGGCGCCGCCGCCUGGCCCGACCCAUUUUGGAUUGUGAUGCACGGUAACGCCAUCUUCACCAGUCGUCUCGACCCUAUCGUCAGUCCCGGCGCCGUCGCAGGCCACGUCCACUCGGUCAUCGGAGGUACCGCUUUCAACCCUACUUACUCUUACGCACACUCCACCGCUGCCAAAUCGACCACCGCGAACGUUGAAGUCGAUUUGUCCAACUAUUGGGUUCCUCAGAUGUAUCGGAAGUCCGGGGAUGGUUUCGAGCUUGUCAAGAUGAACCGUGUUAAUACAUCCGGUGAUGAUGAAGAAGUUUAUCCCUUCCCCAAAGACUUUCGCAUGCUAGCCGGCGACGCUAGCCGAAACACCUACAACGAGUCGGAUUACACCAACAAUGCUAUCAGCUACGUCUGCCUUGGCGUUGAUGGUUCUCCUCAGACCAAUGCAUUCCCGGAGCAGAGCUGUCCCGACGAUUUAAGGGCUCAGGUAUUCUUCCCGAACUGCUGGGACGGCGUCAACACUUGGCUCGAGGGAAGUAAGCACGUUGCAUACCCCACUUCCGGUGGCUACGAUCAAGGCGGUCCUUGUCCUGCUACUCAUCCGAAGAGGAUCAUGAGUCUCUUCUACGAAUUCCACUUCUCGGUGAGCACGAGCUUUUGCGACUUCACCAACGGCUGGCCAGAAGGCUACUUUGAAGAGAUCUUCUCAUACAAGUCUACCUGCAACGUCGAAUUCUCACUUGAAAACUGUCCGCCCCUUGCCCAAUACUUCUUGAAAGAUGGCGCUGGAACUGUGGUGCCGGAUGAUGACGCUGUUAUUGUCGACGAGGACGUUGGCGUGAACGGUACUAUCCUCUCGGCUUUGCCCGGCAACAACCCGGUCUGGGGACGCAGCGGUCCCAAGUCCCCUGACGCGAGCUAUGUCGAGACUGGCAAGCUUGUGUCUUUCGCCGAUGGGUCUGAGGUGGCUACAUCUGCGGCGGUUUCUGGCGCUGCUAGCUCCUCUUCCUCUGUCGUUGUCAGCUCAAGUGCUGCUACUGCGAGCGGCUCUGGCUCUAUCUCGAAUACCGCUCCUUCUUCCUCCUCCCCUUCUUCAGACGCCUUUACAACCGCCGCCUCUCUGUCCUCUUCCGACAACAGCCCAGUUGCCUCAUCAACUCAAACAGUCUCAAAGGCGAUUGCUACUAAUGUAGCUGCCGUCAUCGAGAGUUCUUCCGUCUCUCUUUCGUCUCCUUCUUCAGAUUCUGGUUCUACCGCCACUGGCGCUGGUGCGUCUUCCGAGACCGGGGUGGCAGUGCAUAAGACUUGCGCGAGGAGAAAGAGAUCUAGGAUGAAUUGGUAG